CAAGCUCUUGUGACUUGUAUCUUGAGGAGCCGGAGCCGCUUUCCAGAACUUAAAGGAGCAAAAAAUUGUUUCCAGUGAUCCCUGAGAACACGCAUAUUUUCGGAGGCCUUUUGGGGCCCUAAUCGAAGUGCUUUUUCUUAACGAAUUUCUUAAUCGUGAAGCCUGAGCGGAAAUUAAAAAGCGCACGGCAGCCCGAUUUCCAGAGGACCGAGAUUGUGACGAACAACCAGGAAGCGGCCGGGCCGGGAGCUGUCGCCGGUUCUGCGUUCUGCUCUCGAGGGUGCCCCCCGGGGUCCCUCCACGGUGUUCUCCUGUCCCGCCUGGCCCCUGCCACGACCUAGGCUCCGGCCCGGGCCGAUCACUCCGGAGCCACCAUGUCGUCUGACUUCGAAGGCUACGAGCAGGACUUCGCGGUGCUAACUGCCGAGAUCACCGGCAAGAUUGCGAGGGUCCCCCGACUCCCUCCUGAUGAGAAGAAGCAGAUGGUUGCAAAUGUGGAGAAACAGCUCGAAGAAGCAAAAGAACUGCUUGAACAGAUGGAUUUGGAAGUCCGAGAGAUACCACCCCAAAGUCGAGGAAUGUACAGCAACAGGAUGAGAAGCUACAAGCAAGAAAUGGGAAAACUUGAAACAGAUUUUAAAAGGUCACGGAUCGCCUACAGUGACGAAGUACGGAAUGAGCUCCUAGGGGAUGAUGGGAAUUCCUCAGAGAACCAGUUGAUAAAAUUACGUGAAGAGAGGGCACAUCUGCUCCAUAACACAGAGAGGCUGGAAAGGUCAUCUCGGAGACUAGAGGCUGGAUACCAAAUAGCAGUGGAAACCGAGCAAAUUGGCCAGGAGAUGUUGGAAAACCUCAGUCACGACAGAGAAAAGAUCCAGAGAGCACGUGAAAGACUUCGGGAAACAGAUGCUAACUUGGGGAAGAGCUCCAGGGUUCUGACAGGGAUGUUGCGAAGAAUCAUCCAGAACCGCAUCCUGGUCGUCAUCCUGGGCAUCAUCCUGGUCAUCACCAUCCUGACGGCGAUCACUUUUUCUGUCAGAAAACCCUGAUAUGUCUGCUCUUCCUUGAUAAACAGCAACAACGGCUUGUUCUGAGUAAUUAAGACAAAAUGGUCACAUGAAUCAUUCUUUUGCGCUGACAGGCCCUGAGUGACCCUCCCUCUCUCUCACCACCAUUCAGCUGAAGUGCAAAGAGUGUAAAAAUAUUUUCUAUUCCUGUGUGCAUGUGGGUUGGCUUCCUUUUCUAGAUUUGUCUUCACCCGGAUUUGUUUUUCGUAGGGGAAGGUGAAUGUUUAUUUGCCAUUUCUUCAUCUACUGACCCAAAUAGCCUUGGUGACAUUGUUCCUUGCCCUGUGGACAUGGCAGGGGUCCUCUCCCUGUUUGGGAGAGGGCAUGAUGAGUCAGUCACGGGGCUUCUGAUGGGCUGUGCUGUUUGUCACACACCUCUUAUCGCCGAAUUGCCCUUCUGUGAUGUCCAAGGAUAAAAAUGAAGAGAAAAGCAGAGGCCAGAGCCAGUGACCAGCUCCAGCAGCCCAACCCUGCUCCUCCCCAGGCAUAACGAAUCGAGUCAGCCUGCCUGAGUGCUUUCAUUGUCAAGGCGGGUGUUUAAUGUCAGGUGUGCAGGAAAUUGACUUAGCACGUUCCCUGUUUUUUCUAUGCAUAAUUUUUUUGUUUACCCAAGAAUAUUUUUGCUGAGCCUGCCCAAUAUCCUCUUUUCACAACUUGGAUUACUGGCUACAAGAACUAUUCCCUUACCUUCCAGAAAUCCCAUACUCCCCAGAAUUUGCUGGCACGGUAUUUAAUUGUGACCUCCUCUCCCCUGACCUGUGUAAGCAUCUCUGUAUCCUUUCGGUUUUAAUAUUUGCACUGCCAAAAGCAGCCCUCAGACAUGCAAAAGGUCUGACAGGGUUCUCUCCACAUCCAUUCCAGUAUGUAAAGAGAACAUGAAUAUUUCAGGAAAAGCAAGAACAUGACUCCUUCAGUGUGAAAUUUCAGAUGUGAUUAUAAAUAUGGGAGAGUCCUUUAGGAUGAGCCACUAGAAAUAAACUUUAUGGAAAAGGUUCACUAACCUCCUUUAAAAGAAUAAGGGAUUGCAGCGUGUUACAAAAGGACAGCUUGGGUUUUUUACUAACAAAUAUCAGCAAAGCCUUCUUGAAUUCACUAUGUAUUCAAACCUCUGACAUGCUUUGUGAUUUUCUUUGGUUUCUUUCUGUCCAAGGUAACCGGGAAAUUGCGUUCAGAAUGAGUUCAUUUAUGAUCAGGCUUAAAGUUGCCCAAGCUGAGGUCAUUUUCCCCGUAGUCAUAAAGCAAAAUGUUUUUUUCUUAAGACUUCAUAGGCACUUACAGGAUCCGUACUGUCUUUUGAAUAUAAUUGGAAGCUUUGAAUCCUUGAAAAGCAAACCUGUUCUCUUCAUAAAAAAUGCUAACCACCUGUGCCCAUGGAUUGACAUCACCUGGCUGCAACAGUUCAUUUUUUUUUUCCCCCCCCACUCGGAAGAGAACCAUUAUGGUUUAGAGAGGAAAUGCAGAAUGGUGAAAUCCACCAGAGAAAUCGUACUUAUCGAAACAGGCCGGGGCCUGCAUGUGUGCAGAUAAAUCAUUUAGUAUUGUGUAAAUAAAGCUGCAGCCUCUACUUCACAGGGAUGGUGUGGGAUUUUGGCAGAGGGAAGUAGGACGGUGAAGGAGUGGGAAGGCUGUGCUGAUUUUCCUAUCAGCUUAAGGGAUCUAUCUCAGCAAGAAUCUUUUAUUCUGCUAACGGAAUUCUGUAUGUGCUAAACACAUCGAAGAAACCAUUAAAAAGCAAAGAAACAAACAAAUAAUCUCCUUCUCGUUCUGAAACACUAAUGGUGGGCAAGUCUUAGACCAACGUCUCUGGUGGCUUCGUUUGAAACUGUUGAGCUUAGCUAACAAGUAUAACCAGUUAUCCAGCUACACCUCACUUCUCCCAACUCUUCCCAAGGCCGCCUGGCAAACCAGGUUGAUCUGAUCAUCUAAACUUGCUGGAUCCUAAAUAUUUCAUUAAAACCUUGCGUUCAUGUUAAAGUCGAUGAAAUGAGGAGGGAGUGCAUCAUUCACGUCUCAGUGGCUUUUUCUUUGGGGUUCCACCUCUUUAUCAGCUCUUGCCUGAGACUGUGCCCCAGUUCAACCUUGGAAGUGGGAAGAAUAGGAACAGAUAACUGUUGACUUGACAGCCCCAUCAAACCCGCCUCAAGAGAGACCCCCUGGCCUGGAGUGCUUUGUAGGAAGCUGGUCUGAAGGCCCCCUGAACUCCUGCCUGGCCCUCCCGGAUGCCGCAGGACAGACUCAAAGGAGCCCCCAUGGAGGCAAGUUGUUCUCCCUACUUCCCUGCUCCACUGGGGAAGACAGAAAGCCCACAAAUUCGAAGCAGGUCAUAGAUCUGUGAAAGGUUUUAGGAACUUAAUUUGUAGACUUUGAUUGAUGAAUAUUUCGAAAGUCGGGAGCCUUUGUUAAAAACUAUGUUCAAUGGGAGGGUCGGGGGGUGAAGAUGAAGACGCAGAGGAGGAAGAGGAGGAGGAAGCCCUUGCCAUAUAAAAUUCAUGCAGACUAAACAGUUUCCCUGAUAGAAUAAAUAAAGCGAUGCUCCCCUUCUCCAGAAUCAAAAGCAAUUUAAUUAAAGUCUCUUAAGUUGUAAAGAGUUUUAAAUGUUCCAGGGUGAAGGCGAAUGCCUGCAAAUGCAGCAGGCUUGACGUCAGCUGCCAGGCCUGGGCCGGGAGGCCAUUUGCUAUUCUGUUUAAGGCAGGCUGGAUUGUCUUAUUUUGGAACCAGCUUGGUGGGGGGUUUGCUUUGCUACUGCUUCUGAGCCCUGAGCUUCAAAGGCAGAAAUUAAUGGUGAACAAAAUUGUGCGGCUCUGGCCGUCCCAUGCGGGGCAAGCCCAUUGAGGGUUAUCAUUAAGUAAAGAAAUAAAGAGGGGGGAAAAAGCCUGCCUAUUCCAGAAACCUCAUCAGAUAAUGACCUCAGUGAUUGGGUUUUCAUUACCAAACAGCAUCCAGAGAUUAUCUACCCCCUGGAAGAAGGGAGGGGGAAGAAAAGAAAGAAAGAAAAGCAACUCUCUUUCUCUCCCUCUCUUCCUCCUUUUUUUUUUUUUUUUUGCACAUCUUUUCUUUAAAACUGUCAGAUCAUUUCAGUAUUUCAAAUCCGAGGAAAACAGCCUGCCUGCUGCUGUAUUUGAAGUUGUAAUGGUGUCAAAAAGUCACGACUGACUGACAGCCGUCAGUCCCAGAGGGGCUCAUUAAAUCAUAAAAACUUGACAAGGAAAUAAUUGCGCAUUGCUAGCAACUUGGCGCCUGUUUAGACGUUUUUAUUUUCUUUCAUUAUUAGUCCCCACCAUUACGUUCAUUAACAAAUUGCAUUAAACAACUGUUAAGGGCUAAUGAUUUGUUUAUCGCUUUUUUUAUUAUUAUUAUUUAAACAUUAGCUGUGUCAUGUGGUACCCCUGCAGCCUCUUGCCAUCAUCUGACUGAAUAUUUUUCCACUCCGAGCUCUGGGUACUGUUGGAAUAUGAAAUAGAUUAUUCAUUACUCUCCUCUUUGCCACUGAUUUGGUUUCAUGUAGCGUCUUCCACAGAGAAAGAUGAAAACUUGUCAAAAAUAGGUUAUAUCUUAUUCGAAGGGGCAACAAUAGCAGCAGGUACAGGCACAUUUAAUAUUUAAUUAAGGUGGAUGUUAACCCCUUUAAAUGACUUUAGCUGUAAUUCUAUUCAGAUGCAGAGGAGAAAAAUAAUUGUUCUUAAUUUGCAACCUAUUCAGCAGACAUUCUUCAUGGAGUUAGGUGGAAAUUUAGAGUAGAAUUUUUAAAUAAUGAAAUUUCCCAUCAUACAUAUUUAUAGCCGUUUGUCUACGUAGUUGAGAAUUAACUACAAGCAAUGAUUUCCUCAUCUCUGGUUUGAACUGCUAGCCUAGUGGGGCACUCGGUGCUUAGGAUGGAGAUGGCUUUCCUGGGAGAAAUGUGUAUCCAGAGCCCAGGACAGUUGGUUGGUUGUGAUUGAGGCUGGUUUCAAAGGAACCACUGUGAGUCCCCUGUCUCUGGUCCACUUGCCUCUCCCUUUAGCUGAGUGUGUGGUUGGAGGACUGUGGUCUGAAGUGAGAGUAAGUAGGAACUUCUUAAAGGAACACUUGUGUGUCUGGUUGGCUGGUGCAGGGAGGCUGUGAUGGGGAGAUGUCUGGGGCGUCUCUGUGUAGUCAAUGAGCUCAUUGCAGACAGUGCUACCCUAAUAGACAACAGGAGCCAUGCUUUGCUGGGAUGACCUUCUGCCUUUUUUCCUUUCUGUGACUUGCCAUUGGUGAAAUGAUCAACUUUUCCAUGGGCUAUAAGCGUGACGGAAAAAGCUCCAUCAUCAUCAUCAUCAUCCCAAGUCAGAAGUCAAUGGCAUUCUCUAUGCUGUAACUGCUGGCUGCAUCGGAUCACCCUGUUUGAUUCAAUGAGUUCACGUAACCAUGGAAGCCGCUCUCAGAGGCCUGAUUCAUUGGUACUUCAGGGCUGGGGUGUUCUGGUCAAUAUCAGGAAACAGGGAGUACUUUCUCCCAGCCUGUUUCUACUCCCACCCACUCAUCCCCCAGAGAGACCAGACCCCUUGGGCAGCUAUGCCAUGGAUGUGAAGGGGAGAGAUGGUACAUGUUCCUUGCUCAGCACAGCAUCUCUCAGCAUCACCCACCCAAGGACAGAUGAUCCUACAGGUGCUGUCACACAGGAGGGGCCAAUCCAGCAGGCAUGAGCCAAGUGAGGCCUGGCCUCAAUCCUCUUACCUCACUGUAGGCAUAGAAACAACAGACACACCAGGGUCUAGGGAGUCUCAAGUCUCCAUUUCAGUCCACUCCAAAUUAGCCACAUGACAACUUGCCACCUUUGAGAUGGCCUCCACACCUCAGCAGAAGGCACACUCAGAGUCGUUUGUCCAGAAGGAAGGAGGACUCUGUGGUAAGCCAUCCCCAGUCCAACUCCCAGAGACUGAUUGAGGAUACUGCCUGAGAAGAGACACCAACCCUGAACUUGACCUCUGCCUGUGGUGUAACUCACUAAACUUAAACUAAACCCCAGGAAACAUUCUUGUUUAUGUGGCUUUACUCUGUCUGCAGCCCAUUGGGCUCAAACCAGUGGUUCUGCCAGAGGCUGUUCACAUUAUGUGACUAGUCAGGUGGCUCUUAGACAAGAUGUCAACCUUUUUAAAAUGGGGCAGGUGACUGUGUGGACAACUCAGAAAAGUUCUUGAAGCCACAGGCACUGCACGCAAGAAGGGAGACAUUGAAGGGUAACCAAGAGCAGCCAGGCACAGGCAGGAGAAUCGUGGGUGUGAUUGGAGCCGAGGCUGGAUACAGGGUCUCGAAAUGGGUGAUUGAGCCAGGGUCAGUGUCCCCUCCUGUUGUGGAGGCGGGAAGACACAGGGAGUACUGAGAGAGACUGCCCAUCUCUGCUAAGAUUCUAGGUCAAUAACAAGGUGAAUGCUCCAGAGCCAGCUUACCAGAGGCAAGUAGGGCAAAAACAAAAUGGCAGGGCAAACCAGCAUGGUGGGGCAAACCCAAAAUGGCAGGACGACUGGAUUGGGAAUGUAUGAGGAGGUGAGGAACAGAUGGUGUGCAGGUUAAGGAUGGAUUCCCCAGCACCAGAGGUUAGGAGAUGGUAAGUGGGGUUCAUCCCAGGGAAUACCAAGAGGGAGGGGCGCAGGAAAGUAGCCCCACUUUGUGCCACCCUGGGCCCAUCAUUGCCUUCUUCAGGAGAAGCCAAAGGAGGGAAAAGGCAGGGCGCAUCUCUCCCAGGACCCCCACCCAAAUCACACACAACCCCUGUUGCGACGCCUCGCGGGGCUCCCAGCACGAUGUGGGGAAAGCACUUUCUCAUCCUGAAUCACCUCGUUGCUCACGCUACAUAAGUAACGAAGGCCUCGCAGAGAGAGGGGGAAAUGCCAGGAAGCAGAGCUCUGGACUGUGAUUCUGUGAACUCGUGCGUCCCCUCCUUCCCUUCAUCCAAACAAGGCCCUGUGGCGUGAAUAAUAGCUCAGCGGCCCGAAGCCCGUAUUGAUCGGCUGCACACGCCGCCGCUCCGCUGAGAGCUGCUUGGACUUUUCCUGGGGGCAGGACGGGCACCACUCGGUGCAGCCCGCCUCCCCGCACUUCCCCCGGCCUCCCCCAGGUGUGCUCAGGAGGGCACAGUACCGGGGGGAGCUAAGGCCCUUCUCCAGCUCAGUGCUUUGUUGCCUCAACUUUUUUGUUUUUAACUUAUUUUGCCAGGAAAAGUACUUGAGUUGGAAAGAAAUGUUUUUUGCAUGAUGAGGCCCCACAGAGUUGAGAAUGACUAUAUCCUCAGGCUCCAGCUUCCUCCAGAAGGUUCUGCCAAAGACCCAGGCCACAGAAGCAUCCUCAGCUGACACUUAGGGAGGCCUACUGUAUGCCCAGCAUUGGGCUAAGCACUUUGGCACACCGUACUGCAUUUUCCUGUUCACUUGCCCUGUCUUACACCAUCAGAAGGGAGAGGAGCCGAGAAUGUGGCUAGAAUCCAUCACCCUCUUGGGGGAUGGGAGCUGCUGCUAAAUUCAGUGGAGAAGCGUCAGCCGUAGGCUGGUGAACACGCAGAGACUGAAGCCUGCUAGCCCCCCUCCCUAAGGCUCUGACCGCACUAUCCCCUUUCCUUGUUCGAUUCUUUUCUGGACACGAAGUGGCCAAGGCCUUAGUCCUCUGCGGGAUGUACAAUUGGAAGGUGAGCCAGGCCCCUGUGUGGUGACACCCUACAGGCUGGUAGAUACCUGAAAUCCCACCUUUAAAGAUUCACUCCUUUGGUUUCUAACCUUGAACCCUGUGAAAAUGCAGAUUCUUUUUCCCCUAGGCAGCUUCAGUCCCAUCAGCCACUGCUCUGUCUGGGCGAAGUGAAUUCCUGGGGGAGAUUUUGGUUUGGCGGGAGGAGAGACCCACCACUCGAGGCAGCAGGUAGUGGUCUUUGGGAGAAGAGAUAGAAGGGAAGAGGGCCUAGGUUCCCUGGGACCAGUUCCCUGGAGGUUUCUCCUGGGCUCAGCUGCCCUUUGGGUAAUGGAUGGGUUACUGGAGACACAGCCUUGCCCUGGAAGCCCACACACCCUGGCCAGGGCCCAGGGCGGCUCAGGCAAACAUGGGGGCUCUGUCAAGGAGAGAUAACUGGUUGAGGGUCCUCAGGCACAUCCCACAGCAGUGCCCUUGCUGAGAAGGAGGAGAGAGAGCAUGAAGGCAGGGGGUGGAGUUGGAACGGUUAACCUUGGCGUCCAGCAGAGUGCUUCCCUCCAUGAGCUGCUCCAGCCUCGUCUCGUCCCGGCCCUGCCGAGGGUGAGAGGAGGCCAAGGCCACUGCAGUGCACAAUUUGGCAUUUGGGGAAGAGCCCAAAAUAGAUUGUUUUUGCCCUCAGCAGACCUUCCCCACACUGCUCUAUCCAGGGGUCUUGGCACAGCAGGGACAUUGUGACUGUCAGAGCCUCUCUCUGCUUAAUUUCCGUCUUCUCUUCAUCCAAGCCCACCUCUCCCGAGAAAUUACAGAGUGAGGAGAGCUAGAUGGCUUCAAUGAGCUCAUUAUUGUCCCCAAGACUUCUAAAUAAUCAAACCUUUCCCUGAUUGAAGCAUGAGAGGUGUAAUCAGAUUUAUUCAGUAAAUAUUCAUUGAGCAUCUACUCAGUUCCAGGCCCCAAAGGCACAUGCUGAAUGAGACAGAUGAUAGACAACGAGUAAGACAGUCCCACAGCCCUGGGGCCGCAGGUCAAAAAGCUGUGUUCAUUCCCAGUGUCCUGACUUGCUGUCUGAUCUCAGGCAAGUCACUGUCGGGGUCUAAAAACCAUGUGGCGAUGCCCUGCCUCUGCCACCUUCCACUGCUGGCCCUGAGGUUAGUGCCCCAUCUCCAUGAGUUGCUUGGCAAAGCCAUCACCAAACAAUGGUGCUGUAUGUUCAUUCCUCCUUGCAAUUUCCGUGGCUACGUUUGCAAAAUUGCACCAUUAGCAUAUGACUAGGGUUGACACUUGAUUUCAAGUGACUAAGUCCCCAUCAGCACUGGCCCCUUGUCCAGGACCAGCCCAGGAGAGGCAGGGGACAGGAAUGGGGACAUUCAGACUGGGACUGACU